AUGGGUUGUAAUACGAGUAAGGUAGCUCCAACAUAUACAGCAAAACAACGACAAGUUGACUAUGAUGAUAAUGACAAUAUAGAAGAUAAUUCCAUUUUUUCACAGAAGAAUAUAGCCGCUGAUGAUGCGAUCAUUGCUAAACUCCCUCGUGCAAAUGAUCAUGUUGAAAUUCAAGUUGCUUAUCCACAAGCAUUUAACGAUUCAUUUGUUCAACAACGUCAACAAGCCAUUAACAAUCGUUCUUAUCAAUCAACUAUCGAAUCAUGGCGACCAAAAUCUCUUCAACAACUUACUGAAACUAUUAAAGC